AAAGUGUGCAGUUUUGGAUCUUUAUUGGUAGCCAGUCUUUCACUUCUGCCUCUCCACUCCCAUGCCUUUCUUGGUCGGACCAACCCAACCGGCGAUUUCCGACAAGUCUUUCUGCUUAGAGCAAGAAGCGGAACCAAAAUAAAGCUUUCUUUAUUUUCAUUUAUGGAUAACCAAUCCAUUUUCCAAUAUAGUUGGGAGAUUUUACCCAAAAAAUGGGUACAUAAAAUGAAAAGAUCGGAACAUGGGAAUAGAUCUUAUACCAAUACUGACUACCCAUUUCCAUUGUUGUGUUUUCUAAAAUGGCAUGCCUAUACAAGGGUUCAAGUUUCGAUCGAUAUUUGCGGAGUGGAUCAUCCCUCUCGAAAACGAAGAUUUGAAGUUGUCCAUAAUUUACUGAGUACUCGGUAUAACUCACACAUUCGUGUACAAACAAGUGCAGACGAAGUAACACGAAUAUCUCCGGUAGUCAGUCUAUUUCCAUCAGCCGGCCGGUGGGAGCGAGAAGUAUGGGAUAUGUCUGGUGUUUCUUCCAUCAAUCAUCCGGAUUUACGCCGUAUAUCAACAGACUAUGGUUUCGAGGGUCAUCCAUUACGAAAAGACUUUCCUCUGAGUGGAUAUGUGGAAGUACGCUAUGAUGAUCCAGAGAAACGUGUGGUUUCUGAACCCAUUGAGAUGACCCAAGAAUUUCGCUAUUUCGAUUUUGCUAGUCCUUGGGAACAGCGUAGCGACGGAUAAA